UUCAAUUAUGAAUGGGAUUGCAAUGGGAGCUGGGGUUUGUAUUUCAGUACACGGAAAAUUCCGUGUAGCAACAGAGAAUUCCAUCUUUGCAAUGCCAGAAAAUGCUCUGGGAUUGUUUCCUGAUGCGGGUCAUUUCUUGUCAAGACUUCAUGGAUUUUUUGGAGAGUUUUUGGGUCUUACAGGUACAAGGUUGGAUGGUGCUGAAAUGCUGGCUUGUGGUCUGGCAACUCACUUUGUUCCCUCAGCCAAAUUGUCUCUGUUGGAAAAAGCACUAAUUUCCAGAGCAGCUUCAGCUACAUCAAGCUGUGAUCUUGCUUUUAUUUCAGCAAUUAUAGACGAAUACUCCUUGCAGCAACCGGCUCUGAACGAGAAAAGUGCUUUACACAAAAUGGAUGUCAUUGACAAGUGCUUUUCCAGACCAACAGUUGAAGAUAUCUUAAGUGCCCUUGAGAAGGAGGUUACUACAACAGAUGCAAACAAGGCAGGUGAUGAAUGGCUAGCUUCAACGAUUCGAUCGCUGAAGAAGGCGUCACCGAUGAGCUUGAAGAUUUGUUUGAGAUCCAUUAGAGAAGGCAGGGUGCAGGCAAUGGAUGAAUGUCUUGUCCGCCAGUACAGCAUAUGUUGUCAUGCUAUGAGAGGGCAAAUCAGCAAGGACUUCAGAGAAGGUUGCAGAGCUAUCGUGUGGGACAAGGAUAAGAAACCAAAGUGGAAGCCUUCUAGUUUGGAUCUCAUCACUGACCAUAUGGUUGACCACUACUUCUCAAGGUUGGAUGGUGAUGAAGAAUUAAAGCUCCCUCAAAGAUCCAACUUGCCUGUAUUUGCCAAUGCCAAGCUUUGAGCUAAUUGUGAUUUUGGGGUGUUUCUCUACCCUAUAGCUAUCAAUAUUUCAAUUCCCUCCCUAAUGUUAUUCAAAUAUUUCAUUAGUGUACACACCCCACCAUUUUCUCACCCCACCCCACCCCACCCCAACUUUCUCAUUGGAAUAUGUACAACCAACUUGUCAAAUAAACCAUACAUAUAUACAUAUCUUGUUUUUCUUUUCUG